UCUUCCCUUUCACGAUGCCUGCCACCACGGCAGACACACUAUCCCUCGUCAACCGCUCUGUGACGGUUGCCCCGUUAGUCCUCCUUUCCGUCGCAGAUCACUAUGGGAGAACGGCAAAGGGCACCCGGAAACGUGUUGUAGGUGUGCUGCUGGGUGAGAACUCGGGCGAUAAUGUCCGGGUAUCAAACAGUUUUGCUGUCCCGUUCGAGGAGGAUGAAAAAGAUCCAUCAGUGUGGUUCUUGGACCACAACUUCGUCGAGUCGAUGAGGGAUAUGUUCAAGAAGAUCAAUGCUCGCGAGAAGCUAGUCGGCUGGUACCACUCGGGUCCUAAGCUGCGCGCUUCGGAUUUGGAGAUCAAUGAGCUCUUCAAGAAAUACACCCCCAACCCCUUGCUGGUUAUUGUCGAUGUACAACCGAAGGAAGUCGGUGUGCCUACAGAUGCUUACUUCGCCGUGGAUGAAAUCAAGGAUGAUGGAACAACGACCUCCCGGACAUUUGUGCACACCCCAUCGAUAAUCGAGGCAGAAGAAGCAGAGGAGAUUGGCGUGGAGCACCUCCUCCGAGACAUCAGAGACGUCGCAGUCGGCACACUUUCCACCCGUAUCACGUCGCAGCUGCAGUCGCUACAAGGAUUGCAUCUGCGGCUACGCGAUAUCGGCCAAUACCUCCAGAAAGUUCUCGACAAGGAUCUUCCCGUCAACCACGCUAUUCUGGGCAACCUCCAGGACGUUUUCAAUCUCCUUCCCAAUCUGUCCACCCCACCGGCGACGCAGCAGACCAACGGUCAAGAACCACAGAUCGAGAACAGCGAGUUGGCACGGGCCAUGAGUGUCAAGACUAAUGACCAGUUGAUGGCUAUCUACAUCAGCAGCUUGAUCCGUGCCAUCACGGCUUUCCACGACCUAAUCGAUAACAAGAUCCAGAACCGACAGCAGCAAGAGGAGAGUGACACCAAGCGGGACCAGGAGGCCAAUGGAACCAAGGGAGACAAGGAUGUCAUGAAAUCUGGUUCGCCAAAUGGUGAGCAGAAGGAGGAGCAGGAUAGCUCCGACAAGAACAAGAAGAACUAA